GCAGAAAAGUGAAUAAAAUCACGAAUAAGUUUCGUCGCAUUUCGAUCAGUACAAAGGACGGAGAAUAGGUCGAGGAAUUUAUUAAGAUUCAUUGACGAUCUCUUUCCUGUCUGGCGCACAAGGUUGCGGGAUUCCAGGGGUACCCUCGGAGAAGGGGCAACGAUAAACUGCGAGAGUCGAGCGUGUCGAGUUCGAGUUAACGUCAUAUUUCGCGACGCGGUGCACGCGCACCUUCACGUCAAAGGAAAGGUUUUUUUUUCGAGCCGCAACGCCGAAAAUCAUUUCGGGGAUAUGGAGACUUCGCCGAUAAUAAAUAUGUGAACAAGAGACGUCCGCGUGAUCAGCUGUGCGCGUCGUGUAGAAAGAGAGAGAAAGACAGAGAGAGAAAGAGUGUGUCAGUGCGCGUUGUCCGGCGUUGUAUUUUCCCCAUCUCGACUUUUAACCUGCGCUUCUGGGAAGCGGACGGAGAAAAAGAAGGGUAUCGAGAGCCAAGGAAAAGCCGCCGUAUGCGAAAAUGUCAUUCGAAGGAAAGUACAACGCGAAGAGCCCAGCGGUGAAAAGAUUAAUGAGAGAGGCGCAGGAAUUGCAUGAAGCUACUGAAGAGUAUUACGCAUCUCCUCUUGAGGACAAUCUAUUUGAAUGGCACUUCACGGUGCAAGGACCACCAUCCACAGACUUUGAAGGUGGUGUUUAUCAUGGGAGGAUCUUACUACCACCAGAGUAUCCUAUGAAACCACCGAAUAUCAUUUUGUUGACACCAAAUGGACGUUUUGAAACAAACAAGAAAAUAUGUCUGAGUAUUUCUGGCCAUCAUCCUGAAACGUGGCAACCAUCAUGGAGUAUUAGAACAGCAUUGUUGGCUCUGAUAGCUUUCAUGCCUACACCAGGAAGCGGCACCAUUGGAGCAUUAGAUUAUAGCACUGAGGAACGACAAAAACUUGCUAAAAAAUCAUUGAACUGGCAAUGUGAUACAUGUGGAAAAGUUGUAAAUUUGUUGUCCAAGAACUCUGUUAAAAAACCUAUUACCGAGGAAGAGCAAACCAUGCUAAAUACAAUUGCCCUAAAGGCCGAUGAUUCACCUACGUCAGAUAUAUCUUUUACGGAUAAUACGGAAAGUUCGUCCGAAAGCGAAAUACGGCACCGUAAUGUGGAAACGAUUUCGGCAGAAAAUGUAGAUCGUCAGCAACCUGAUAUUAUUCUAAAUCGCGUAGAGACAAUGUCCUCUUCAAACGAUUUAUUUUGGAGUAUUCUUAUCGCCUCAUUAGUAUCCGCGAUUAUUUUGUUAAUCUUACGACGAUUAUUUCUCGUUUAACUUUUUUUGUGAAACACAAAGAUAUGUCAUAAAAAUAAAGUAAAUUUUAUACAUGUUUUAUAGAUUGUUAAGACAAAAACAAUCAGAUUCACGUAUAAUGCAAACUAUCUGAUUUUCAUAAAAACAUAUAUAAUACACGACGAAAGUAUGCAUUAAUAUAUAUUAAUACAUAUCUCUAUAUUUUGUGUUCUUGUAGAACUGCACUUACAUUUAUCUUAUAAAUCUUGAAUAUUAUUGUUGAUUUAGUAUAUACAUAUACUAGUCGCUUUUGUUUAAUUGUAGUAUUGAAAAAAAACCGUAUGACAUUAUACACAUACUAUAUUAAAUGACAACUAAUUCGCGAUUUUAAAUGCUAUAUAUUAGUUGUCAUUAAUGAUAAAUUCUUUAUUAAUUUUAUAGUAAUUAUUAUCUUUUUGAAUA